UUAGGCCUCUGGUUUGACGAACAUGCUGAUAUGAAGCUAGCAGUGCAAGAACUAUCAAAAUCUGCAAGUCGAGCCCUUGGACUUCUUAUUUCAAAGUUUUACCGUGCCGGUGGAAUGACGUACUCUGUAUUCACAAAACUUUAUGAAAGUCUAGUACAGCCAGUGCUACUGUAUUGCUCUGCAAUUUGGGGUCAGGCUGAACGUAGAGAAAUCAACAACGUCCAAAACAGAGCAAUCAAGGUGUUUCUUGGAGCGACAAAGAAUACGUCAAACGCCGGCGUCAUUGGUGACAUGGGCUGGUUGUCUACCCUUAGCAAACAGAGGAUUGAAGUGUUCAGGUUCUACUGUCGUGUGAAGUCUGCUAACCCUGACAAGUUACUAAGAAAGAUUCACAACUGGUCCAUGCGAAGGCGUGAUUCGUGGGACGCGCGGGUAGUGAAACUCGGGAAAAAAUACAGUAUCGAAAACUUAUUGGAAUCUGCCGUCAGACCCACUUAUCACACUGUAAACGCCAUUAAACUUAAAGUUCAACAAAAAGACGAAAGUGACUGGUUCGGACAAAUUUGGAACGAUCGUGGUCUUGUGUACGGUAAUAAGUUACGGACUUACCGGAAGUUUAAGAAAGACCGCAAACCAGAACAUUAUGCUAAACAGUACAUGCCUAGAUCUAAGACUUAAUCUUUUUCAUUCUAUGGAAAGCGUCUGCGAAAAUUUUAAAGAAUGUGAUAUCAAUAACAAGUUUAAUUUAUUAAUGGAUAAUUCAGAUAUUCAGUAUUUAUUAGGUAAAACAAUAUUUUUAAUGCUUCGUAGAAGAAGAGUGUUU